GAAGACGAACAUAACCUCAACAAAAAUGUCUCGAACAUUGCAACGCCUGAUUAAACUUGCCAACAAAAGGUUUCUCAGAUCUCUUGAAUGCCCAAGAAGCUUGGCCACUCAACAAACUUACGCUAAAAAUGAAGAAAAAGACACUCACUUUGGAUACGAAACUGUCAAAGAAAGCGAGAAGGAACAAAAAGUGCACAAAGUGUUUGAAAACGUUGCCGCCGAUUACGACAUAAUGAACGAUGCCAUGUCUUUGGGCAUUCACCGCUUGUGGAAAGAUUAUUUCAUGUGUAAACUCUCGCCUACUGAUAACACAAAACUUUUGGAUGUAGCCGGUGGAACAGGGGACAUUGCGUUUAGAUUCCUGCAGUACGUUCGAAACGAGGGUCACAAAAAUUGUCACGUCACGGUUUGCGACAUCAACACAAACAUGCUCGAAGUAGGCAAAAUCCGUAGUGAAAAACUCAAUCAUGACCCCGAAACGAUUGCUUGGAAGGAGGGCAACGCUGAGAAGUUACCGUUUGAACACGAUACGUUCAACGCUUACACUAUCGCAUUUGGUAUAAGGAAUUGUACUCACAUAGACAAAGUAUUGGAGGAGGCGUACAGGGUUCUGCAACCCGGAGGCAGGUUUAUGUGCCUCGAAUUUAGCCAUUUAGAAAAUUCUUAUGCGCAAUGGGCAUACGACAGGUAUAGUUUCCAAGUAAUUCCCGUACUGGGACAGUUGAUUGCUGGGCAAUGGAAACCUUAUCAGUAUCUAGUUGAGAGCAUCAGGCAAUUUCCUAAUCAGGAGGAUUUUAAGACAAUGAUAGAAGAAGCAGGCUUUCGGCAGGCAUCUUAUGAAAACUUAACCUUAGGGGUCGUAUCCAUACAUUCUGCGUUCAAACUUUAAGAAAAACAUCAACUCGAAAUAAAGUAA